CUCCUCACGAGCUUCCCCGUCGCGCAAUAAUUUUUCGUCUGCGGCUACCGCUCGGAAGCUCCUGGCCCAGCGCAUCCGCAACAGCAACACCGCCUACCAACUUGCAGCUCUUGCAACCCUCUACAUCAUCGACCAAGCUGGUCUGUCCAUUAAUUCCCUUCCUUUCAAUCCCGCGACUUUUCUUUCAGCAAUCCUCUUGAUACCUUGCUUCUCUUUGACCAAUUGCUUCGGCCAAUUGCUAAAAUGUCGAAUCCUCUGCCGUCCGUGCCUCCCAUGGCCAGUCCUCCGACUGUCAUUCCCGUUGAUUCGUCUUCUGGCCUUUGGGAUCGCAUCACCACCUGGGCCGCGGACAACAAGGCCGUUGUUUACACUGCCGCCGGUGUCGCCGUCGUCGCUACUGGCGCCGGUGUCAUCUACUUCCUCAACAGCGACUCCAAGAAGGACUCGACACCAAAGCUGAGCAAGAAGGAGAGGAGGAAAAGAAAGGAGGCCGAACGGAAGGCUGCCGAGACAGAGAAGCAGCCCACACCUGCAGAGGCUGCAGCUUCUACGCAAUCUAAGGCCGCUGCCGUCGAGACCGCCGAUGAACUUCCCGAGAUCGAUGAGACCACUGUUGCGAGCUUCACCGCAGACCAGCGAGAGCGGUACGCCGCCAAGCUGAAGGACGUGGGUAACCAGGCCUACGGUAGCAAGGACUACAACAAGGCCAUCGAACUUUACUCGAAGGCGAUUCUAUGCAAAGCCAACCCCAUCUUUUACUCUAACCGUGCCGCCUGCUACAAUGCCCUGGGCAACUGGGACAAGGUUGUCGAAGACACGACCGCCGCCAUCAACCUCGACCCCGAAUACGUCAAGGCCUUGAACCGCCGAGCCAAUGCCUACGAGCACCUCAAAAUGUAUGGCGAGGCCCUGCUCGACUUCACAGCCUCCUGUAUCAUCGACAGCUUCAAAAACGAGAGCAGCGCACAGGCUGUCGAACGUCUGCUCAAGAAGUUUGCCGAGCAGAAGGCCCAGGAGAUGAUGGCCGAUCGUCCAAGCAAGCUGCCCAGCCACACGUUUGUCGGCAACUAUCUCCAGAGCUUCCGCGUCAAGCCUCGCCCGGCCGGUCUGGAGGACUCUGCUAUUCUGUCCGAGGACACGGGCAAGGGUCAGUUGCAGCUCGGCUUGAGGGCCUUGGAGAAGAAGACUGGCGAUGGCUACGAGGAGGCGAGAGCCGCCUUCGAGAAGGCCCUGGAACUGGGCGAACUCGGCGAGUUUGAGGCUCUGGCCUACAACCUCCGCGGCACAUUCAGUUGCCUGCUCGGAAAGCACGACGACGCCAUGGCUGACCUGUCCAAGAGCAUUGAGUUGGACCCCUCGAUGACCCAGAGCUACAUCAAGCGCGCUAGCAUGAACCUCGAGCUCGGCGCCCCCGAGAAGGCUGCCGAGGACUUUGAGAAGGCCAUGGAGCACAACAGCGAGGAUCCCGAUAUUUACUACCACCGCGCCCAGCUGCACUUCAUUAAGGGCGAGUUCUCGGACGCCGCUAAGGACUACCAGAAGUCGAUUGAUUUGGAUCGCGACUUCAUCUUUUCCCACAUCCAGCUUGGUGUCACCCAGUACAAGAUGGGUUCUAUUGCAUCGUCCAUGUCGACCUUCCGUCGCUGCAUCAAGAACUUCAAGGAAGUCCCCGAUGUCUACAACUAUUACGGUGAGUUGCUCCUCGACCAGGGCAACUUCCAGGAGGCCAUCGAGAAGUUCGACAGUGCCAUCGACAUGGAGUCCAAGACGAAGCCCAUGGCCAUGAACGUUCUUCCUCUUAUCAACAAGGCCCUCACCCUCUUCCAGUGGAAGCAGGACUUCGGCGAGGCCGAGAAGCUGUGCCAAAAGGCGCUCAUCAUCGAUCCCGAAUGCGACAUUGCUGUUGCGACCAUGGCCCAGCUCCUGUUGCAGCAGGGCAAAGUCACUGAGGCGCUCAAGUACUUUGAGCGUGCCGCAGAGCUCGCCCGCACCGAGGGCGAAAUCGUCAACGCUCUGUCCUACGCCGAGGCGACGCGCACGCAGCUUCAGGUACAGGAGAAGUAUCCGAAGCUUGCGGCCAAGCUCCAGGGCAUCGGCCCAGGUGGCAUGCCCCGGUAAAUGACCUAUCAAGGUAACAAGCAGCAUGUAAAACUCACCCACUGGUGUCGUGUAAGAAGAGCGAAGCACAGCUCCCAAGUACAUGGGGGAGCGGGUAGCCUGGACGAUUGGUGUCCCGGUUGGUAAUAGGGGAAAAUAUCAGAGCGGGCAAGUCGCCCGUUCGUUGUGACGUGUGUUUUUUGUUGGCUGGGCGAAGGGGGCUUUGGGAUAGGAAGGAGAGUGAAGUCCAGGGCUACAAACGGCAAGGAGGCAUGGGACGAACCCUUUACGUUGUACAUACACCGACUUCCCUCACUUUACGUACAUUGGUGAGAGCAUUGUAGAACUAGUCUAUUGUCAUUUGUAACCAUUUCCACCCCUCUAUUUCUCUUAUCUUU